AUGAGAAACCACAGUGUUGUUUCUGAGUUCAUCCUCUUUGGGCUGUCUGCUGACCCCAAGAUUGAGGCUCUGCUCUUUGUACUGUUCCUUGUUAUUUACCUCCUGACCCUGAUGGGGAACCUGAUGCUGCUGCUGGUGAUUAGGGCUGAUUCUUACCUCCACACCCCCAUGUACUUCUUCCUGGGACAGUUGUCCUUCCUGGAUCUCUGCCACUCCUCUGUCACUGUGCCCAAGCUGUUGGAGAACCUCCUGUCUGAGAAGAAAACCAUCUCAGUAGAGGGCUGCCUGGCUCAGGCCUUCUUUGUGUUUGCCACCGGGGGCACUGAAUCCUGCCUACUCACUGUCAUGGCCUAUGACCGCUAUGUUGCCAUCAGCUCCCCUCUGCUCUAUGGCCAGAUGAUGAACAGACAAUUGUGUAUGGGGCUGGUGUGGGGCUCAUGGAGCGUGGCUUUUUUGGAUGCUCUUAUCAAUAUCCUUGUAGCUCUCAAUUUAGACUUCUGUGGAGCUCAAAAUAUAUACCACUUCAGCUGUGAACUGCCUUCUCUCUACCCUUUGUCCUGCUCUGAUGUGUCUGCAAGUUUUACUGCCCUGCUCUCCUCCAGCCUCCUGCAUUUCUUUGGAAAUUUCCUCUUGAUAUUUUUCUCCUAUGUUUGCAUUUUGUUCACCAUCCUGAGUAUCAAUGCUACCACAGGCAGAAACAAGGCCUUCUCCACCUGCUCCUCCCACCUCACUGCAGUGAUCUUCUUUUAUGGCUCAGGAUUACUCCGCUAUCUCAUGCCAAAUUCAGGAUCCACUCAAGAGUUAAUCUUCUCCUUGCAGUACAGUGUGGUCACUCCUAUGCUGAAUCCUCUCAUCUAUAGCCUAAAGAACAAAGAGGUGAAGGCAGCUGUGAGAAGAAUUUUGAGAAAACGUGUCUAG